CUUGAUCUUGUUCAUCAGUCUCUUAAACUCUCCAACAUGAAAACCAUCGUGUUAUUGAUCGCCGUUGUUGCGGCGCUGGUUCCAGCGGAAGCAGUCAGCAUCUAUCAGAGAGGACUAGAUGAAGUAGUCAGCUCAGUAUGGUCUCCAGUAGACCCUAUAGGGCAGGAAGUGCCAAAUAUUGAUAUCAUUGUGGCCAGAAAGAAGCGUGCCCUUUUCCUAAUCAGUAAAAUUAUCAACAAAGGAGUAAAAGACUUGAACAAAGUUGUAGACAGUUUGCAAGACGUAACAAACAAAGUUGUUGAUACUACGCAAGAAGUAGUAAAAGAUAUAUUAGGAAUAAAUAAAGAUAAGCCUGCUCAGGAGAAACCUGCUGUUGAGGAACCUGCAGUUGAGGACCCUGCUGUUGAGGAACCUGCUGUUGAGGAACCUGCUGUUGAGGAACCUGCUGAAGAGGAACCUGCUGUUGAGGAACCUGCUGUUGAGGAACCUGCUGUUGAGGAACCUGCUGUUGAGGAACCUGCUGUUGAGGAACCUGCUGUAGAGGAACCUGCUGUUGAAGAACCUGCUGUUGAGGAACCUGCUGUUGAGGAACCUGCUGUUGAGGAACCUGCUGUUGAGGAACCUGCUGUUGAGGAACCUGCUGUUGAGGAACCUGCUGAAGAGGAACCUGCUGUUGAGGAUCCUGCUGUUGAGGAACCCGCUGCUGAGGAACCUGCUGUUGAGGAACCCGCUGCUGAGGAACCUGCUGUUGAGGAACCUGCUGAUGAGGAACCUGCUGUUGAGGAACCUGCUGAUGAGGAACCUGCUGUUGAGGAACCUGCUGUUGAGGAACCUGCUGCUGAGGAGCCUGCUGUUGAGGAACCUGCUGUUGAGGAACCUGCUGAGGAGGAACCUGCUGUUGAGGAAGCUGCUGACGCCGAGGCAUCUUCUGAUAAUGAAUCUGCUGAUGCCGAGGCAUCUUCUGAUAGUGAAUCUGUUGCCGAGGAUUCUUCUGAUAUUGAAUCUGCUGAUGCCGAGGCAUCUUCUGAUAGUGAAUCUGUUGCCGAGGAUUCUUCUGAUAUUGAAUCCGCUGCCGAGGAUUCUUCUGAUAUUGAAUCCGCUGCCGAGGAUUCUUCUGAUAUUGAAUCUGCUGCCGAGGAUUCUUCUGAUAUUGAAUCUGCUGAUGCCGAUGCAUCUUCUGAUAGUGAAUCUGCUGAUGCCGAUGCAUCUUCUGAUAGUGAAUCUACUGACGCCGAAGCAUCUUCUGAUAGUGAAUCUGCUGAUUCCGUGGCAUCUGCUGAUGUUGAGGAAUCUACUUCUUAAACUGUUUCCAACCAC